UUGUUACAGAUUGAAGAGGAGGCCGAAGAACACGAUGACGAGCUAGCAGAAAAGGAUGUUGCGUGGGUGGGUUCGGUUUGCACCCAUUUCAGUGCUUCUUUCAGAAAUUGCUGCAGGUCGCUGUAUCCGCCGAUAUCGAGAUCCUGCUCGAACCUCUGCACCUUCACAAUGACCAUUGAUCAGAUUCAAACUUUUCUUACACCGAUUUUCUCGAAAGGGAUGCCGCCCUGCCAAAAUGACGAACUUCAAAAGGUGCUAGCAUGCGCUGCCGACGACGCUGACGUCAGAAACUGCUGCGAGCAAAACGGGGUAUUUGAUGACACGUCUCGGCAUUGUCUUCAGUUCUGCCAUCCGUCCAAUAAAGUGCUUUGGAACACGUUUUUUACGGCAGACAUCAGAUACCUCAGAUGCGUGGACUUCUACGAGGCCUUCAUGUAUUGCUUCCUUCAAGGACGUUUGAGAUCUGUUUUGAACAUACAGUCAUAA